UAUUCUUUAUUCAGAGAGUAUUUGCGUUCAGAAUUAAUGACGAACUGUUAUACAGAAAAUUGUUUCGGUCAAAAUGACUCAUUAAGAAAUUUGUAAUGGACAAACUAUCUUUCAGUAUUGCACGAGGUUGAGAAGUCGUAUGCCUGUUACGUAUUUAGUAGGCUACUAAUUUAUAACAUUCAUUGAUUGGCACCUUUUCUUUCAUUCCAAAAACAGACUCGAAUUUUACAGUCAAGAUGUCUGUCUUUACUUGCAUAUCAUGCCGUGUGGCUUUUGCCGACGCCGAUCUUCAACGACAACAUUAUAAGACUGAUUGGCAUAGAUACAACUUAAAACGCAAGGUUGCGGAGCUACCACCAGUCACAGCUGACAAUUUCAGACAGAGAGUUCUUGCACAGAAAAGUCAGGUGGAAGAGGCAGAAAAGGAAACCGUAUCUAGAUGUCAGAUUUGCAAAAAAAAGUUUAAUACCGAAAAUGCAUACAAAACUCACAUUAAGUCCAAAAAACACCAAGAAGCUGAAAAAAAUUACAACCCUGAUGAUCAUAAUGUUAAAUACAAUAAAAAGAAUUCAUUAGACUCUGAGGAACAGAUGGAAACUGCUGGAAGCUCAACUUCUGGAACAUCGCAUACAACAGACAAGAGAGCUAACACUAAUAAAGUAGUAGAUGUUGCUGGUAGUAGCGUUGAUGAAGAGGCUGAUAUGUCAGAUGACGCAGAUAGUGAUGCGGAGAGUUGGAACAGUGAAGAUGGAGAACCGUUACCGAUAGAAGAAUGUUUAUUCUGUACUAAUGUUGGUUCUAGUCUUGAGGAAAAUGUUAAACAUAUGACAGUCAACCACAGUUUCUUUAUUCCGGAUGCUGAUUAUUUGAUAGAUUUAGAAGGACUUAUUUCAUAUUUAGGUGAGAAAGUGGGUGUGGCUAACAUGUGUUUAUGGUGUAAUACGAGAGGUAAAUCUUUCUAUUCCAAACAAGCUGCAAAAAAUCACAUGUUGGAUAAAGGUCACAGUAAAAUGUUAUAUGAAGGAGAGUCUGUCUUUGAAUAUUCUGAUUUCUAUGAUUACAGAAAGAGUUAUCCUGAUCAUGCUGAAAGAAAUGAUGAAGAUGAACAUAUGGAAUUAGGUGAUACACCAGAUUUAGUUGGUGAUGGAUAUGAACUUGUUCUUCCUUCAGGUGCCACGAUAGGUCACAGAUCUUUAGCACGAUAUUAUAAACAAAGAUUACGACCAACCAGACCACAUCAACACAAAGCUAUUAUGCCCAGCGUACUUUCACAUUAUCGUGCUUUGGGUUGGACAGGAGCCACAGGUGCUAUGAUAGAGAGAAGGAAAAAGGAUAUAACCUAUGUUCAGAAACUACGAAACAAACAAAGCAUGCAGUUAGGCCUUAAGGCUAAUAAAUUAUUCAAGAAUUACAAACCCCAAAAUCCGAUCUAAAUGCAAAGUUAUAUUAUAAAAAUAAAUAUAUGACUAUAA